AAUGCAAUCCCAAAUUCAACUACAACAAAUUCCACACUAAACACAUCAAUCAUCUCGAUCUAUCAUAUCCAACAAUGCCACGUUCGACCUCCAUGAGAAGAGGUAAAGAUGCUGCUCAAGAGAAGCACGACGUGUUCAUCAGUUUCAGAGGAGAAGACACUCGCAAGACCUUCACAAGCCAUCUCCACGCAGCUUUAACAAGGAUCGGCAUCAGAACCUACAUAGACUACAAUUUAGAGGGAGGGGAUGAUAUAUCAGCCACCCUCGUGAAGGCCAUCGAGGAUGCGAAGCUGUCUCUCAUAGUUUUCUCAAAGAACUACCCAAAUUCAAAGUGGUGUUUGGAUGAGCUUGUAAAGAUUCUCGAGUGUAGAAAAAAGAAAGGGCAGCUGAUAGUGCCUGUUUUCUAUGACGUGGAUCCAAGCUCUGUACGUAAGCAGAUGGGUAGUUAUGUAGAAGCAUUUGCAAUACAUGAACAGAACUUUAAGGGUAACAUGGAGAAGGUCCAAUCAUGGAGGGAGGCUCUGACUGAAGCUUCUAGUUUUGCUGGCUGGGAUUGCACCAUCAACAGGACGGAAUAUGAAAUGGUGGAGGAAAUAGCGAGGAAUGUGUUGGAGAAAGCUGAUGGGGUGUAUGUUGGAGACUUGGAUUUGCAGAUAGAGAAGUUAGAGAAACUGGCAGAGCUUCAAGAAGAGUUCUCGCAAGAAAUAUACAGUUCGUAGAACGAAAGAAACCAUAAAGCAACAUUGGAACGCAUCAGACGACUCAAAAUGGAGGAGGAGUUCAGGAAGCUUCGCCUCACACCCGACUUGCUUUCCCACAUGGAAAUUUCAGAAGCCACUCAAACUUAUUUCUAGAGAGUCGAGGGGCGUGUUCUACAAGUACAAUUUCCUUUGUUUGCAAUAAUUGUGAUAAGGAACAAUAUUGAUGGCCGUGGUCUGCAUAAUUUCCAUUGUUCUUGUCCUUUUCGUGUGCGCGCGUGUUUUGAACUUUGGAUUGGCAAUAAACUUAAACGGUUUAAUUUGUAUCGUACUUUGAACCAAAUGAAUUAAUUAUAACCUUUUUUUGUACUAUUAACAUUGUAUAGUUAUUGUUAAAUGAUGUUAAUAGCGACAUAAUCAAAUAA